AUGAACACCCGGCAGCAAAGCAAAAUUGUCUACUCCUGGUGUGGAAAACCUAUGAGCUCAGACAGAAAACUGAGGACUUUCCAGUACAAGGGAAUCCUUAUUACAUCAGAAAGGAGCAGAACAGAAAACUGUAUACAACUUGGCGACUUUAUUUUAGUAGAAGGGGAGAAUGCAGACCAGCCUUUUGUGGCACAACUCCUUGAUUUAUAUGAAGAUGGUGCUCAGCAGAAACAUGCAGUUGUGCAGUGGUUCUCUCAUAUUACAGAGAUACCUCAGAAUAAACGGAAACUGCUUAAAAGAGAGGUUUCUCCCCAGGAGGUGUUUUUUGAUCAAGUUCCUGGCUAUGACACUGACAUAGCUGUGGAGACCAUUAUUAAAAGGGUCAUGGUAAUGCCACUACAUCUGGGGGAGGAGCUACCUAUUACAUUAAACAAGGAACAAAAUUUCUAUGUAAAACAGUCCUGGGAUGGGAAAUGCUUUAAGGCUUUGUCCCCUGACACAUUCUCUAAGCUGAAAGAAGCUAACAAGAAAGGAGGUGGCAUCCCAAACUCUUCAAACUCGUUUAUUCCUUUGGACAUCAUUUCUCCCCUGAAAAAAGAGACAGAGUGUGUUCUCUGGAGUGCCACAAAACCAAAAAAUGUUGAGUUGGAAAUAGAAUCAAAACAUUCUGCUUCCAAGUCCUCACUCGCUAAGGAGAGACAUUCACAAAGAGUGGCUAAUGGCAUAAAAACUCCAACAGCAAGGAAGAAGUUACAGUUAAACAGUCCCACAAGAUCUCCUAAAGGCAGGCUCCUGGGAUCUGAAGUUUUGGAACUUUUGGAUGAUGACUGUGAUGCUGUAACACCGUUAGAACCAUCAGCUACUAAAAGAAAAGUGAAAUUCACUGGUGUUUUAGGCUCACCACCAAAAAUACCUUGUGCCAACGAUAAGUCAAAGUCAAUGUUUGAUACUGUAGAGCACUGGCUUGGUGAUACAACACGAUUACUCCCUUAUAGUAAAGUCAAAGACUCCAGUGAGAAAGCCAAGAACCUUAAUACGACACGUGACGUAUCUUUAGUUGGACAUCAGGAACUGGGUAGUCAGAGUCCUGUAUUGACCCCUCGUUCCCGUAGAAUAUGUGCACAGGAAACAAGCGCUCGUAUUACAGAGCAAAUCAGCAUAUUAAAUGCACUAGAAUUGAACCAAGAAGAGGAUUUUCUGUCUAGCUCAGACAGUUCUUACUCUUCAAGUGGUGAGGAAGAGGAGAAUGAUGUGCUUUGCACACCGGAAAAGAAAACUAAAUCAAGCAGAGCAUUCAGCACCCCAAAAUCUUCAAGGAAGUCUUCAGUUCACACACCUGCUAAGACCCUAAAGAAAACUCCAUUACCAGGAACACCCAAGACACCCCGGAAUGCAACUCCUGAAAUUCCCAGGCGCAGCCAUGCAGCACAGAAACCAGGCAGUUUACUAGAAGAAGCCAGAUUAAGGUUGCAUGUUUCUGCUAUCCCAGAAUCUCUGCCUUGUCGUGAGGAAGAAUUCCAGGAUAUCUAUAACUUUGUGGAAAGCAAAGUUAUUGAUGGUACAGGAGGGUGCAUGUACAUUUCUGGAGUGCCUGGAACAGGUAAAACUGCAACUGUUCAUGAAGUAAUUCGCUGUCUUCAGCAAGCUGCAGAAAAUGAUGACCUACCAUCAUUCCAGUUUGUAGAGAUCAAUGGCAUGAAGCUGACUGACCCUCACCAAGCUUACGUGCAGAUACUAGAGUUACUGACAGGUCAGAAGGUGACAGCAACCCAUGCUGCGGUACUGUUGGCAAAACUGUUCAAUACACCUGGACCAAAGAGAAAGACCACAGUGCUGAUAGUGGAUGAGCUUGAUCUUCUGUGGACCCGGAAACAGAAUGUAAUGUACAAUUUAUUUGACUGGCCAACUCAAAAGCACUCCAAGCUAGUAAUCUUGGCCAUUGCUAACACCAUGGACUUGCCGGAGAGAAUAAUGAUGAACAGAGUAGCUAGCAGGCUGGGCCUCACCAGAAUGUCCUUCCAACCCUACACCUACAAACAGUUACAGCAAAUUAUUUCAUCCAGACUGAACAACAUGAAGGCAUUUGAAGAGGAUGCAAUUCAGCUGGUUUCCAGGAAGGUCGCAGCACUGUCUGGUGAUGCAAGGCGUUGCCUUGAUAUCUGCAGAAGGGCCACUGAGAUCUGCGAGUUUUCUAGCCAAAAGAGAACCUCUGAAAUUGUCAGGAUGGCCCAUGUAACAGAAGCCAUAGAAGAAAUGUUUUCAUCUCCAUAUAUAAAUGCAAUCAGGNNUGCCUCAUUGCAUGAACAAAUCUUUUUGAAAGCAAUUUUAGCAGAGUUUCGCAGGGCAGGAGUUGAGGAGGCAACAGUUCAACAG